AUGGGGCAGACAGCGGGGGAGAAGGCUGCCAGUGACCGCAGCUGCUCUACCACAACAGGAGCAGACGGGCCUCUUUCUGCUGAUACUUGCAACUCUGUCUCUUCUGAAUCUGCUUUCCUCUCGGCAGGGCAAGAGUGUGACGUGCCUCGUAUGCCACUAGCCUUCACCACACCAACGGGGGGCAGCCUUUCCCCCCCAGAGCCCCCGCGGGAAAUGGGGGGUGGCCUGUCCCCAGUCCCCUACCAGGAUAGGGAAGCGCUCGAGGUGGCGACCCUCACGGCCCAGCUGAAGACUCUCGAUAUGCAAAGUGGCUGUGAACCGGCCACAGGCGAGGUAAAGCCUCUGGGGACGGAGGGGGGAGCCCUCCAGCUCUCCUCCCCGGUCCCUGCGACCGAGUUACACAGCCAAACAGUCUCGGAAAGGGGGGAUGUAGAGGCAAAGUCCUGGGUCCCGACCCGGACUCAAGAAGGAACCGGUGGGGGAGCUUCUCCGGUCCCCGGGGGCCACCACAUGCAGCAGGAGGGACCCCGAACUCGGCAAAGGUCGAACGCUUUCACCCCAACCUGCGGAGGUCUCAAGCCCAACGCCGUCUCCUACGGCUGCAUCUUCGAUGCUCUCGUGAGCAACGGUGCCAUGGACUUGGCCUUGAAACUCUUGGCCGACAUGAAAGCUUCUAACCAGCCCGUCCGGCCUAACACCGUCAUGUACUCCACCCUCAUCAAGGGUUGUGCACAAACAAAGCAGGCAAGUUCGCCAUCCCCUAGUCCCCUGGAGCGAAGGCUAGACCAAGCCCUGAGUCUAUUUGAAGAAAUGGCUGCGCAGGGGGUGGAAAUUAACACAGUUACCUACAACUCCCUCUUAGAUGUGUGUGCCCGAGUGGGGGCAAUGGACCGUGCAGCAUCUUUGCUAGACGACAUGCUUCAGAAAGGCGUGCAGCCCGAUCUGAUCACGUUUAGCACUAUCAUAAAAGGCUACUGCGCCCACGGGCAGAUGGACAAAGGCCUCCUCCUGCUCAAGGCAAUGAAGCAGAAGAACAUAAACCCUGACGGGGUCCUAUAUAACUCCCUUCUCGAUGGAUGCGUGCGCUCUGGUCGCUCUUCUCUCUGUUUAGAGCUCUGGCAAGAGAUGCAGGCCCAACGCAUAAAGCCCUCAAAUUUCACUCUGAGCAUUCUAAUUAAGUUGCACGGACGUAUGCGGCAGCUGCCUGUUGCCUUCGAGCUGGUCAAGCAACUCCCCAAGAUGUAUGACUUCAGGAUCAAUGCCCACGUGUACACUUGCCUCAUGGCCGCGUGCAUAGAGAACAGACAGAUUAUGCGCCGAGAAGGAGUAGCAGCUGAUAGUAAGACUGUGAGCACCAUUGUUUUCGGCUGUCUAAAGGGGCGGAUGCACGCGCAAGCAGUGGAGGUCGUUUUGAACGCUUUGGAGAGUGUCCGCGAGUCCAACUCGCGGGGGCCAGGCCGACAUCUUUCCCGGGGCCGUCCUAUGGGCGUUGGGACGAACCGCAAACAAGACUUGCCGGCGAUAGACGAGAAGACUGUGCGCUUGCUAGUAUAUCACCUGCGGGAGCAGCACAUGCAUCGGGAAUGCACGUUGGUGUUGGAAGCAGCAGUGAGUGUGGGCCUCAUGAGUCGUGCCACAGCACAGUCUCUGCUCACAGGUGAAGGGAGCUCUGGGCGGAGGCUUCCCUUUGUUUCCUCCGCGGGCCCAGCGGGGGCCUUCGCGUCCCCCCAACCCCUUACCCACCAGCCACAUCUACCCAACGCGCCGCCAGGUGGCGCGCGGCUCAUGGGGAUUCGUGGAGGCCCACACCAAGGCAACGCGCGCUGGCAGGAGCCUAGAGGGGUCCAUCGCCAUCCAACAGCUGGACUUCAUGGGGGGACUCCCCACCGCAGUGUCAAUAGCGGGGCAAAGGAAGGGUACUCACUCCCCGCCGAGGUCCAUCUGAACUUGAGCACACCUCAGGAGAACCCCAUGGCCUCCCCUGGCCAGCCUUGGUCCGUAGAGCGGUCGCCUCCCCAGCCGCCUCCCACAGCUACGGUGAGGAGGUCGCAAGCGAUGAAUUCGCUGCAGCCCGGAAUUGAAGCCAAACAACGGCUUCUUUCGUUGCAUCCGCAAGACCCUUUGACUCUCCGCGCCGCUGGUCUGCUGGGGGAUCUGCCGACGCAGCAUCUGCUGCAGCUUCCGAUCAACGGAGGCAUUCUGACUGGAGGGAAUAACGUGGAUUUGGCCCCUCCGAGUGGCCGGCCAUUAAAUCUGGGGAGUCCACCCUACAUCGCUGAGGAAAGCGUUUCAACGCAAGGAGCUACCCUACACACUUCCGUCUCCAUGGAUUUGUAUGGACCCGGGAUGGUCAGCGAGUCUAGCUGUAUCUGGGGCGCUCCGGCACCCGGGACAACACCACCAUCUUCAACGGGCUGCGGUCUCUUUGCAAUGCCAUCGGCCGUAGCACAUCCUCCACCGCGUACAGUGGAGCUGCCCAUUGAUAGCAACGUCCUCCUCGGGGCGGGAGGCUCAUUUUUCAAUGAAGAGAAUUGCCAGCUUCCGGGGCUGCCUCUCUCUUCGCCUGCAUACGCUUCUGGUCUAGGCAGCAAGGUGAAAGUACCUGGGGGGAGUAACCAUCCUUUGUACGAAAUGGUUCUCACUAGCCGUGUCCCCCUGGCAUACCAGCCUCUCAGCCAGGUCAUCAUCAAAGGGAUGGCGCCGGCCAGCGAAGACAAGCAAGAGGCGGCCGACCCCCGUAGGCCCAUCUGCAGUGUGAAGUUCAUGCUGGACGAGACGAGCCAGUCUGCACUUCCCCAUUAUCGAAAGACCUCGCAUGCGAUCGUAUCGUUCCAACUCCUCGUAUCUUGGCUGGUGCCCGGAGUGCGUGAGAUGAGACACGUGAGACUCCGGGGGCCUGCUGCAGCCGCUGCCAACGCAGUCAUACCACAGAAGAGCGAGCGUUCCACGGCAGUAAUAUCCUUGUCCGUCGGAAGGCGCUUGCAGCAUCCACAGACAGACAAUGAGCUGGUUUGA